CGCGCCGCUGCCGUUAAGGCGGGAACCGGCGCGAUCUCUAUUCUAGCGCGAGCCUCACCAACCACCGAGCGCGCGGAUCCAGAGGCUCGCGCUGGCGGCCUGAGCGAGCUCGCGCCGAGCCCGGACACUGCGCCUGCGCCGCGGCAGAGACUCGUCUCUACCGGGUCCGCUCCCCUCCGACACCCCGGCAACGCCGACUCCUCACCCCUUUGAGCCGCUUGACCAGAGCACUCUUCUGCCCGCUCUUGGCUAGGCCUCGCUGCUCCAGUGCGGCCUUCAGGUCGGUCACCCGCAGCGCCUGAAGAGGCUUCCCGUCCAGAGUCACCUCCUCCAGCUCCGCCAUCUUGCGUGAGGUACUCGGGUCCGUCCCGACGGCUUCGGGCAUCUUCGGUAAUUUCCGCCAACGCCCUUCGAACGUACCGAGCUGACCCCGCCCACUGCCAUAGUCUACCCCUCGAUUACCACUCAGAACACCCCGGGUUCCUCCGGAACUGCUCGGUUGUUUCCGUCUCGACAUCGGCACCAAUCGAUUCUUUCCAUCCGCUUGGUCUCUCCUACCCCUCCCUCGCCCUGCUUUCAGGCUCGGUUAUCUUCGACUUGCCGAGAGUUUGAGUCGAAUCUAUUCGGAAGCCCUCGACUCUGGCAUAACCGUAAUCGGAGAUUUUCGGCUAUCUCCGGACCUAGAGCUGAGUCGCUGGGGCGCCUGGGUGUUUGGGGCUGGUCCGGGACCGGAAGUGCGUGGGAUGUCCGGCUGGCCCCGCUUUGGGUUUUCAGGAAACAUGGAAGCGGCGGCGGUAGUUGAAGUCUAAGGACUCUUGUGACGAUCUCCGGGUGCCCUCAAAGAGGAAACGGAGGAUGCCACUGGAAUCAUCUUCCUCUUCGAUGCCACUAUCCUUCCCUUCUCUCUUACCCUCAGUACCAGACAAUAUUACUGACUCUUCCCUUCCCCCAAUGUCUUACAUCACUUCCCAGGAGAUGAAGUGUAUUCUUCACUGGUUUGCCAGUUGGUCAGGUCCCCAGCGUGAACGUUUCCUACAAGACCUGGUAGCUAAGGCAGUGCCAGGAAAAUUACAGCCACUACUGGAUGGUUUGGAGCAGCUUAGUGUGUCUGGGGCAAAUGGACCACCUUCUAUCUUUGAGUGCCAGCUACGUCUUUGGGAUCAGUGGUUUCGAGGUUGGGCUGAGCAGGAGCGCAAUGAAUUUGUCAGGCAGCUGGAGAUCAGUGAGCCAGACUUCGUGGCAAAGUUUUACCAAGCAGUGGCUGCUACGGCUGGUAAGGACUGAUAGGCAUUCAGAUCAAAGAAGAUAACCACAGCUGAUGGAGCCAAGGCCAUGACUCUACAGUGAGAACUCAAUUCACAUGUGUCACCUAAAUGUCUGGGGGUGGUAUUCUGAUUAGCUGGCUGAACUUGCUGGCUAGCACAGGCAUGGUUAUUUCAACAUUAACACCAUGUCAGCUGGACUCCUAGUAUAAAUGUUAUUCCAUCUAAGCAAAUGCAGAUCAUCAGUUUGUCUUCUAGUUUGCUUCUUUCCAAGAGAUGUCAAACCCUCAAGAAUUUGAUGACUUCUUUUGCAACCGUACCGAAAGGAACCUACACAUUAUAACUCAGGCCUGCUGCUGGCCCAUGAGGUGUAUAAAGUAGAGUCCUCCUUCCCCAGAAACAGGAGAGGACAAUAAAAGGUCAUAUUUUUAUAGUUUA